CUUGCUUCACUCCACUCACAGCCAUCUCUCCCUUCCUCUGUCUGAGUUCUAACCAGCCAUCUCCGUCUCACAAUGGCUCGCAAUGCCAUCAUCCUUCUCUUUCUGUUCUCCGUUUCUCUCUUCAGCGCAUCGAUUGCGACGGAGAAAGUAGCGGCGCUGGUGCAGGAGCAGCCGCUGACUCUCCAGUAUCACGACGGCCCCCUCCUCUUCGGCCGCAUCACCGUCAACCUCAUCUGGUAUGGCCGCUUCUCCCCCUCCCAGCGCGCCAUCCUCUCCGACCUUGUCGCCUCUCUCGCCGCCCCCUCCCCUUCGGUCUUCUUCUCUUCCCACCACGCCCCUUCCGUCGCCUCCUGGUGGAAGACUACCGAGAAGUACCGGACCCGCCGCACCCCGCGUCUCCAGCUGGUUCAGGGCCGGCAGCUCGUCGAUGAGGACUACUCCCUGGGCAAGUCGCUGACAUCGGAACAGAUCGUGGAGCUGGCGUCGAAGGGGCCCAACUCCAACGCCGUCAACGUGGUGCUGACCGCCGCCGACGUGGCGGUAGAGGGGUUCUGUAUGAGCCGUUGCGGGACGCACGGGUGGUCGAGGGCGAAGGGGCAGCGCGGAAAGUUCGCGUACCUGUGGGUGGGGAACUCGGAGACGCAGUGCCCCGGGAUGUGCGCCUGGCCUUUCCACCAACCGAUCUACGGCCCCCAGACGCCACCGCUUGUGGCGCCCAACGCCGACGUCGGCGUCGAUGGCAUGGUGAUCAACGUGGCGUCGUUGCUGGCCGGCGCGGCGACCAACCCAUUCGGCAAUGGCUACUUCCAGGGUCCAUCGACGGCCCCGCUCGAGGCCGCGACCGCCUGCCCUGGGAUCUACGGCAGCGGCGCUUUCCCGGGGUACGCCGGAAACCUCCUUGUCGAACCCACCACCGGUGGGAGUUACAAUGCUGAGGGAGCUAAUGGGAGGAAGUUCCUGCUUCCUGCCCUGUGGGACCCGUCCACCUCUUCGUGUUCGACUCUCGUGUAGCUAUAGUGAGAGGGGUACUGUUUAGGUGUUAAAGUUACAGGAAAGAAAUCACAGGAAUCGAAAAAGGGUAGGGAGGAUUAUGUUCUAGUUCUAGUUGCUGUUCGUGUUGAUAACGAGGAUCAUGUAAUUCUUUCAUUUAUUUUCUCCGUAAAUCAAUAAACAUGGGCACCCCCUGAUUGCCUUGCUCUUA